AUGUGGUCCCUGUGGCGCGCUUGGAGCGUGUUGGCGUGCGCUUGCGCAGUGGCGGCGCAGCGUAUAGAUCAGGACGCCAUCAUGUCGCCGCGUCCGGCCCGUCUGCGGGAUAUGCGGCAAGACACCAAGACCGACGAACCGACUUGCGAUCAACUUAAGGCUAUGUGGAGAUUCUCAAAGCGGCAAGCUCGAGCGCCAGAAAUCAUGAAUGAAGUCAAUUCAUACCGUGAUCCGUUAAUGUACAACGAAUGGCCUGUAUACACUGCGAUACCCAGAGCCGCCCCCAGGUUCAGAUACCGGUUCCCGGCGCUACCCCGUGAAGAAUUCGGCAGAGUCAUAACUAAAGCACCAGCCAACGUCGUCCGCACUCCAGAUUAUGAUGAGAUGUUCGGCAUGCUGAACGUACCCCAUACAUCGGGUAAGAUCCUGCGAUACCCUGGCCCGUCACGCCCUCGAGGACCUAACUUCAUGGUACCGCCACAGCGAGACAGGUUUGAAGCUCUGAAGAAAAUGAUUCGUCAGGAACAUGUACUUGAGCUGCAAAGAAAAUAUGAAGCUGAACAAAAGCAAGAACUCAAGGACCUAACUUCUGGACGAGGUGAUGACUACGUGUACGGAUCAUAUGGUGAACAGGAGCCCCGAGGCUUGCAGCCACUGCAGAUGGAGUACCCUGCCGAUGAACCAACUUCUAGGCACAGCAAGAAGCCACCGGCUGGUAGUCGCCAGAUCUCGCAGUUCUCGCGCUACUCCGACGUGAUACUGCCACCGGCCCGCCGCGCUAUCUACCACCCCUACUUAGAGUACGCAGCCCCCGAAUUCGUCCCCUACUACUGA